CAUUCUUGAUAUUAAAUACAUCCGAGCUAAAACUACAACUCCUCUUUGUUAUUAUUUAUUUCAAAUGUCAAGUACCGUUUCCUUAACUCAUAGAAACAACAAGAACUUGGUCAAGGCAUUGGUUCGAUUUGUCAACCUCAAGGUGGCCCGCCCAUCCCUCAAGGCAUUUAUCUUUGCCUAUUUGUACGUUACUCUCCCCAAAGUGAUCAAUCAUAUUCUGAUAGCUAUCAAGAAAAAGGACUACAAGCUGAUAUUACCCCGAAUUUUGAAGGUCAUCACCAAAGCUUUCCAUCCAUUCAAGUUCCCAGCAUUCGCUGCCUCGUUAAUCGCCAUCAUAAACAUCCUUGAGCCAAUAGUUGCAAGAUUCCUCCGCGUAUCCAAACGGUUCCACGGGACCACCGAGACGGUGUUUGUGGCUACGUUCAUCUCGUCGUUCAUCGCUGCCAGUGUGUCAUUCCCUCAGUUCCAGAACCACAUCAUUGGCUACGGGCGGUUCUUGUCGUUGGACUUAACGCUUUUGGUGCUCAGCAGAGCCAUCGAUACCACACUUUCAUCGACGUUAUCGGCGGUGUUGCCGCCAUUCUUCCAGCAGUUUGGUGAUGGGUUGUUGUUCAUCGCCUCGUGCACGCCCAUCAUGUAUUCGUGGUUCUUCCGUCCCGAUAGGCUUCCUCCCGCGUACAGAAAGUGGAUCACCUCGGCGGCGAAUAUGGACGACGAAAUUGUCGGGGUCCUCAAGAGCCUCCACGAUGGUACCGUCAAGUACGGGGAAAAAUCAGAUUAUUUGGCCGAUUAUUGUGAGCGGUACGGCCAAGACCCCGCCCAGGCGGACUUCUCUCAGGACUCGCCGUUGCCCUGUAAAACGGUGCAUGCGUUCAAGACUUCCAACUGUGAGGUACAUGCGCUCUGGCGGUUUGUACGUGGAUUCAAGUUCGCCUUUAAGUUAUACGGAAGUAUCAAUGCGUUUAUGUUGUUGAUACCGAAGAAAAACAUCGCCAUGACGCUUCGAUUGAGGCGGGCCCUUCAACUGUCGAUUCGGUCGUCGUGCUUCUUGGGAGCAUUCAUUGCUCUUGACUGGUACGGUGUUUGUCUCACCCGGACCCGACUUUUCCCCAAGUUGUUCCCCGAGGUGCCCAAACAGACGUGGGACAUUACGUGGGGCCCAGCAGUGGGAGCUUUUCUUUGUGGAUUCAGCAGUUUUGUGGAAUCUGCGCAGCGCCGGAAGGAAUUGGCACUUUUCGUGUUUCCUCGAGCCCUUGGAACCCUUGUUCCUACUGAGGCUACCGACAAGAACUUGCUCAUCGAACGAUUCACGUUUUCCAUGAGUAUGGCCAUUCUUGUAGCCUACUGUAAGAAGAACCCUAAGUCAGUCAGAGGUAUCUUCGGUAAGGGUCUUACUGCCGUAAUGUCCAUUAGUAGCUAGUUUCACAUCAAACACUCAACACCUCCAAGUCCAUCAGUAGUUGGUUAUCUCAAAGCGCGCACAAAUACACAAUUCGAUGC